UCCGGUGAAGAAAAUCUUUGAAUCUCCACAGCUUUGAAAAUUCAGUGGAAUUACUCUUUUUACAUACCUUAAGAUUGUCCGGUGAAGCUUCUUGCUUUAUUUUUCGACCAUUUGCAAAAGGGUCCAACAAUUUCUUCAAUGAAGUUGCCGGAAUUGGGUUAUCUCCCGUUUGUAUAAAUAUCUUCUUGACUAGUGGCCUUAUUGAGUGAAAAAGAGGUCGGUUGAGCAUGAAGAAGCAUCUGUUCCUCUUCUUCUCCAUGGCACUGGUGAAUGAAGUUGGGGCUUCCUUGCAAUAUCCUCUAGUCGUAAGCACCUGGCCUUUUUUGGAAGCUGUUAGAGCUGCCUGGAACGCCGUUGACAUUGGGUUUUCUGCAGUUGAUGCAGUUGUCGAAGGUUGUUCUGCUUGUGAGAAACUAAGAUGUGAUGGUACAGUUGGUCCUGGUGGAAGUCCAGAUGAGAAUGGAGAAACUACAAUUGAUGCCAUGGUCAUGGAUGGGGUAACAAUGGAGGUCGGUGCUGUUGCUUCUAUGAGGUAUGUGCCAGAGGGAAUUAAAGCUGCGAAGUUAGUGUUGGAGUAUACUAAACAUACUAUGCUUGUCGGGGAUCAAGCCUCAGCUUUUGCCAUUUCGAUGGGCCUUCCGGGGCCUACAAACCUUAGCUCAGUUGAGUCAAUAGAGAAGUGGACAAAAUGGAAAGAUAAUUCUUGCCAACCUAAUUUUCGGAAAAAUGUUAUCCCUAGAGAUAGUUGUGGUCCAUACCAUCCAAAUGGUCCUUCAAUAAAAAGAUGCCCGAUGGAUAACGAGCUCAGGCCUAAUGAAUUUGGAUCAGUUAAUGUAGGUUUACAUAGCCAUGAUACAAUAUCCAUGGCUGUCAUUGACCAAGUUGGACGGAUUGCCGUAGGUACAUCAACUAAUGGAGCCACAUUUAAGAUUCCCGGAAGGGUUGGUGAUGGACCUAUAGCAGGGUCUUCAGCAUAUGCAGAUGCUGAAGUUGGUGCUUGUGGAGCCACUGGGGAUGGUGAUAUUAUGAUGCGCUUCCUUCCGUGUUAUCAGGCUGUGGAGAAUAUGAGAUUAGGAAUGGAACCCGAACUUGCUGCAAAAGAUGCUAUAUCGCGAAUUGCAAGGAAAUAUCCAGACUUUAUUGGGGCUCUAUUUGCAGUCAACAGAAGUGGAAUUCAUGCAGGUGCAUGCCAUGGUUGGACUUUUCAGUACUCUGUCAAAAAUCCUGGGAUGAAUGACGUUGAGGUCUUUACUGUUCACCCCCAGUGAUCCCUUUUAGCAUACAUCUCUUCUAUUGAAGUUGUUUCUCUUCCAUAAAAAGCCUCAUUCAUAGUCUCGUUUGCAUGUUGUAAAAGAGAUGAUGUCCUUCCAUGUUGUGAACCAUACAAUUUGUCAUUAAUACUUCUACUUCAUAUUUGACUAGGGGUGUUCAUG